AUGAUUUGGAUCUACCUACAUACUCAUCAUCAUUGGUUUGCCAUCUUGCAGAGUGGUUUGGUGCUGCGCGCUUUCGUGGCUCAGCUGCGCCAUCGCCUUUGGCGCGUGGGGCACGAGCUCUGCGCCUCGCUCCGCGGCAACGUGCGCAGCGACCGCUUGGUGGCCUUGAUGCAGAGCGAACGCACCGGAGAGGCCACCUUGUCGUUGCUGCUGCAAUUGUACGCCUUCUUCUACAUGGUCACCGAUGUGAGUGGCUACUGGACAGCUGCAGUGUCGAUUGCCUUGUCGGCCUGUGCAUUGACCCAGGGCUGUUAUGUGCACUUCGACCUCGCGUACAGCGAGGAUUGGGUGCCGCCUGCGUCCGGUGGCGCGGAUCUGGCGGCGGAAACCCGGCCGAAGUUGGAGGAACCCGAUCUGGUGGAUCUGGUGGACCUACCUGUGCCUGGAGAACAUGUAGGCGAGAGCUGGACGCCAGAUGAGAUGGACGGAUUGGUUUCAGCACGAGCGGGGUGCGGCGAUCGAUAUGAGGAGCGGGUUUUCACGAUCGGUGUUCGUCAGCUCUGCCGGACGGCGGGUCUGUUGGUGGCGGUGUCGCCUCGCAACGUCUCCCCGCGAUCUCCACGUCGAGGCCUCUUCGACAGCCCCAUGGCCUCCCCGCGUGCGAUGCGCCGCUGCAUGUCUGAGCGAGGUCUCACCAAGCAGGAGGAUAAGCCAUCCAAUCUCUUCAAUCGAGAUGAGCCCUUUUGGACCAGUCCCCGCACGCCCAGGAGCUGGAAGGCGCAUCUGGUGGGAAGCGCCGCCCGUGGUAGGUCCGCAGAGGCACUGCCACUGAAGCCUCGGGAGCUGAGCCCCCGCGACACACUGCAGGAACGACCCAAUGUGCCCAGGUCGAAGAGUCCUAAUUUCGAUGUCUCGGAGGAUUGGAUGGCGUGGUCCCGGCCCCCAGAGCCUUCCUCUCCUCGGCAUGAUGGUGGCAUGAUGCCGUCAUCGAACUUCAAGAGUCCCUUGCGGCGGAUGCACAGCGGCAAGAUCACCCGGAACUCCGAGAAUUGGCUACGUAUGGAUGGCCAGGAUUCGAAGCCCCUGCCACCCAUGAUCGCCAACAGUGAGAAUUUCGAGAUUUCUCGUGGGAAGAAGACCGGGCUCCACAAGGAGCUGGACAUCGCGAAGCACUUGGUGAGGUUUGAAGCAGACAGGGUGCCAGCUGCACCCUUGAGCCACCGGCGCCAUGACUUCGCGGACCAUCCACAGGCCGUGAAGCACGUGGAGGGGCUCCGGACCUUGAGCCCCCGAAGGCUUGAACAAGCCGAGCGCGCGGACCUGGCCAGUCCAGGCCGCAUCGCCUCUGCGGCCGCCGACUUUGGGCAUCGGACCAGUGGAGAGAUGGCCGCCGCCGUCCAGCCGGAGUUGAGCCCCCGAGCAGCUGGCGCGGAGAAAUACGUGGUUGGCGGGGAGAUCUUUGAUCUGGAGUCCAGUGGAGUGCGGAAGAGCCACACCCGCCAGGCACGAAUUCGACACCACAGCAACUCAGAUGUGAUUCGUGAUCACCUCCAGCCGUCGCCGUUCCUGUCAGCGAUCCCCGGGUCGAAGGAGGAACGCGAGCGCCGCGUGCACGUCUACGGAGACUUCUCGGUGACCCCGGCGACCAUGCCCAAGGACACCGCGUACAUCCACUCAGGGCUGAAGGUGGUGAAGUAUCAGACUCGCUCGCCUGGCGCCUUCUCCCCAAACGCACGUCGUGUGCCGGCCAUGCAGAUGAUUCGGAGUCCAAGGUAA